UUGUUUUUUUGUUGCUGCAUCUCCUUAUAAAAGUCGAAAACGCCAGUCUCAAUACAAUACUAUAUUGUAAAAGACGAUGAAGACACACAUUUUACUAUCAUUUGUGCUAAUUCUUCUCCAAAAUGAAUCUUACGGAGAAGAAGUCGAGCCUGGACCAGAAGAUGAUAAAAUUGUAGGCGGAUAUAAAACAAAUAUUAAAGAAUUUCCCCAUCAGGUAUUACUUAAUAUGAAAAAGGGCCAGGAAAGACACGUUUGUGGAGGAUCAAUACUUAGCGAAAAAUAUAUUUUAACAGCGGCGCAUUGUGUGUUUGGGUUCUCAAAUAUUACGGUGCGAGCAGGAAUGACGAAUAAAGAUGAAUCAGAGAAAGUUUCACCAAAGAUACCACUAAAAAGUUCUAAAUGUCAUCCUAAAUAUAACUCAAAAAAUUUUGACUACGACGCUUGCGUUCUUGAACUAGAGAAAACUUUAACUCUUAAUGGAAAAACAACAAAGGCCGUUACUCUCAUUGACAGUGGAAAAGAUAUACCUGCUGGAACUAAUGUUACCGUAGCUGGAUGGGGCUUUACAAGCGAUUACGGGCCACUAAGCAAUACUUUAUAUGCGACUUGGUUAGAAAUAAUCUCUUCCGCUAAGUGUUAUUUUAAAGUCACGCCAAGAAUGAUUUGUGCACUGAGGCCUAAAAGAGGACGAAAUGCUUGCAAUGGCGAUUCCGGCGGAGCACUUGUGAAUUCAGCAUCAAAAGAACAAUUGGGAAUUGUGUCGUGGGGGGCGCAUGAAUUUUGCACUGAUUACCCCGUCGUAUAUACUAAUAUAGCGAAUAAAGAAAUAAGGCAGUUUAUAAAAGAUCAUACAGGCAUUUAAAUAUAUAAUUGUAAACCUUGUUAACACAAGUACGGGAAUGAAGUGUUACGUUGACUUUUGAUUUCAAACAAAUAUAUUUUAAUAUCGCUU